UCACCUACGUACGGGAAAAAAAAGCACACUCGCAAGAAAGAACAUCCCAUCAAGCCAACCUUAUAGAACAGAGAAAAAGACACUUGAUGCCCCGUGGGCCCGAUUCUAAUGGUUGUGCUUCCUAGAUGACCUUUCCUCCCUCCCAUCAAUUUUCGCAGGAAUCCACCGUCACAGGCAAGGAAAUCCCUUCGGGCACAAGAUCAUCAGCGCCCAAUCGGCCACCCUCGGUGCCUGCCGCAGAUCACACUGCUACAAACCGCCGGAUUCUCGCUCCUAUCUCUACGUCGAUUGCUCCUUCGAUUCCCUCGCUCUCGUCGCCUUCCCGCCGGGGUACCUCACAAAGCAGCCCGUCAAGAAAGGCCACUUCCUCACCGUUUGCUUCAACGUAUUCGGCGGCCCUUAAUCCGUCGGUGCGACGCCCAGGCAGCCGUCACAACUCGGGCGCUUCGUCGACCGCCUCUCCCUUCUCUCCGUUUCAAUCUGGAUCACAGCAGCUUCAUUCGACUCAGCUGCUGUCAUCCCCAAGGUCGCGAACCAUUCCGUCCUCCUCGAACCCUCAUCUGGCGUCCUCCGCCGCGGCAUCGACCACCGCAUCUCAAGGAGGAGGAGGUGGCAGCAGUGGCGGCGGAGGAGCGUCUCGAAACGCCGCAUACCCCCAAAUUCUUUCUCAGUCGAAUAUCAGCUCCCCCACUCACCAGUCUCUCAAUAACGUCGCGACCACGGCGCCCUCACCGAGCACGAACAGCCAAGCAGGACAGCUCUCUAAGAUUGUCAUCGCUCAGGUUUUCCUUCUUUUGAGCACUAUCAAGGAAGACAAAGACAAAACCAAGUGGGAGUCGCAGGCGGACCAGAUACGCAAGCUUAUCGAGUCCAACGGAAUGGAGGUGUUUUCAAAGUAUUUCCGCCGCCUCGUUGUAGGCAAUUCGCCGCAGAUUUUUCCUGGGAUUAAUCGACCUGUCGAAAAUGCCGGAAAUUAUCCCCUUCUGGUGAAUGAGAUGCAGAAGGCAGGUCAAGAUUUUGAUCAGGCACAGAAAAUCGCGGAGACAAUUGAUACUUCGGAAGGCGACAUCUUCCGGGACUUUGACUUGUCUACAUUCCUGGAACAUUUUAAGCUUGACCCAGUGGCCAAAUUCGUCCUCGCAUUAGCUUUCAAGACCGUAUCAAGGGCUGAUCUUCGAGCCAAAGCGGACGCUAUCCUCUCGAACACUUUCCAGCCGUUUCUCCACGCUCUCGUGCAGUCGGCUUCGGAGCGGGACGAUCGGAUCCCUCAAUCAUUUCUGGCAUCCAUCAUCGAACGCCUUGCGCAAUAUCCUCCCCGUAAUUUGAAUGAUGAGGGCAAGAUGCAACUUGACUACGCGAUAAGCCUUCGGUACUCUACACAGGGCUCCACUAUCCCUUCUGAAGUGUGCUCUGCUUUGCUGCUGGUAGAUAUACUCGGACCGGCUUAUACGCUUCCUCGCCUCGUGCAGCGCAUUGGUCCAAAGAUGACAAGCAGUGCGGAAAGUUGCCGGGAAGCCUUAUCAUCUGCAGAGUCAGUUGAUUUUGGUGCUGCGCAAGUAGCGACGGCAUUACUAGUCAUGAUUAUAAGCCAAAGUCGCGGACAAUACAAUCCUGCAACGUUUAUUGCCGUCGUUCGAGAGCACUGGGACGGGCAUGAACCUGACUGGCAGGAGUUCUUCCGCGAAUUCGACCGCCAGGGCUUCCGAGUUGAUAAAGAUCAGUUCCUUGCCCUCUACAAGGCCCUGUUACCACUGGCGAAAGCCUAUCCGGCAUGCGAUAUUCAGUCCCUCUGGGGUGGGAGGUGGCAAUUUCCGGCCACUCAGCUUGCCUUUGUCACUGCUUUUGCCUCCCAACCUCGCGAUGCCCUUGACUUGUUAGCAAUUCCACGAUUGAGACGGAGUUUUACGGCUGACAUUGCCGAUGACGCCCCGGACGAUGUGAAGGAAUAUGCACAGCGAGCUAUCAAUCAUCCUCUCAAUUCGCUCGACGCCAUCACUGCCCUUUUCGAUCUUGCAUUCCAGUCCAAUGAGUCUUUGAUGAUGCCUGAAAGCCAACGAGCUUUCCAUGAGGUAGUCCAACAUGACAUGGACAUUUUCUUAUGCUCCGCUUUUGGCGUGCCCAGGCCCUGGACCGACACGCAGCAGAGCGUGCUCUUGCGGCUGUUCUAUCCAUUCCUGCUAAAGCAGCAUCCCAAUUACAGCUUCGUUCUUCAUGCUCUCUGGAAGCAGGACAAGCAGUGGGUGGCAACUCGGCUUGUUGAAACACAUUCUCAGGACCCUAUGCAGCUGCCUCUGCUGUUCGAACACGCGGAGCGACAUGGCUGGCUGGACGAGCUACUCAUGAUUUUCAACGGCUUUGGUGUUGAUCUUGCAGCUUUGGCACAUCGCCGCGGUGCUCUGGACCUUGAGCAAUGGGCGCAGGGUAAUGCUCAGAGAGGCCCCCAGGAAUUCAUCUUCGCCUUGUCUCGAUUCCUGACCAUCAAGGCGGAGGAUGAGUUGCGUCUGGUGCGAAAGGAGCAGCCAAGUCAAAGGACAAUUAGCCUCGCGGUCAAAACCGUAAAUGCUAUGCUUGACAUUCUAGAGGAGCAUCUUGGAGACCGCCGCGAAGAAUUGACUGUGAUUCAAAGAUUAUGUAUUCAGGCCUACCCGCGCCUUGUCAAUUACGGGGAAGGCUUUGAUGACAUUAUCGAUGCGAGCGGCGAGGAAAGUAAUGCCAUAUCCGAGGGCACCGAUGCAAAGAUGCAAGAACACUACAAACGGAUGUACAGCGGAGAAUUUGACGUGCGUGAAGUGGUUGAGCUCCUGCAAAAGUACAAGACGUCUCGGGAUCCUGCUGAACAAGACCUCUUUGCAUGUAUGAUUCACGGCCUGUUCGACGAGUAUAGCUGCUACCAUGAAUAUCCUUUGGAAGCUCUAGCCACCACAGCUGUAUUGUUCGGUGGAAUCAUUAAUUUCCAUUUGAUUGAUGGCAUUCCUCUGCGAGUGGGUCUGGGAAUGGUGUUCGAAGCUGUGCGAGAUUAUGCGCCAGAGAGUUCCAUGUACAAAUUCGGUCUGCAGGCUUUGAUUCACUUUUCAAAUCGGUUGCACGAGUGGCCAGGCUUGUGUAGCCGCCUGCUCCAGGUGCCAGCACUUCAGACAACGGAAAUUUACAGCAAGGCCGAGGAGGUUUUGAGGGACCGGGCAGGUCGCUCUAGUGAUGACAGUAAGCCGGAUGGGUUGCAUGCCGAGGGAUCGAGCCUGCCAAAUGGCAGCGUUGACGAAAUGUUCUUACAAAACUCGCAUUCUCCGAGGCUCAACUUUCAUUCGAUUCAUGUCGAUCCUCCCCUUAGGCCAGAAAUUUAUCACGAGCCGGAGGAAGACGUGCAAGACAAGGUUCUCUUUGUUUUGAACAAUGUCUCUGAAAGAAAUCUGUCUGAGAAACUUGCUGACCUUCGGGAUGCUCUACAAGACGAACACCACCAGUGGUUUGCUGGCUAUCUAGUGGAGGAGCGGGCGAAGCUCCAACCCAAUUUCCAGCAGCUUUACCUCGACAUGCUCACGGCCUUUAACAGCAAGAUUCUCUGGGCAGAGGUUCUCCGCGAGACGUAUGCUAGCGUAGUGCGCAUGCUGAAUGCCGAUUCUACGAUGAAUUCGUCAACUGAACGUUCUCACUUGAAGAAUUUGGGGGCCUGGCUCGGGUCUUUGACAAUUGCCAGGGACAAACCUAUCAAAUACAAAAACAUCUCUUUCAAGGAUCUGUUGAUCGAAGGGUACGACACGCAAAGACUCCUCGUGGUGAUUCCUUUCGCCGGCAAAGUUUUGAUCCAAGCCAAGAAGUCAAAGGUUUUUAAGCCUCCCAAUCCAUGGCUUAUGGAAAUUAUUCGCCUACUCUUGGAGCUCUACCACUUCGCUGAAUUGAAGCUCAAUUUGAAGUUCGAGAUUGAGGUGCUCUGCAAGGAUUUGGAUCUAGACUACAAGGCCGUUGAACCAUCCACCAGUAUUCGAGAUCGGCCUCAGAUCGAAGAGGAGGUGUCUGGACAAUCAAUUCCCGAUGGAUUGGAGGGUUUUGAUGAAUUGUCACUCAGCGCUCUGAACCGCCCUCGCCCUCAAAAUGGUCGGUUCUCCCCUGGUGCGAUUCUUCCUUCCUUGCCCGACCUUAGUACUCUGCUUGUCUACCCACCGUCCUCGAGUACUAUGAUCAGCCCUGCUCGUCUGAGACAAAUUGUGUCAACCGCUGUCCAGCGCGCUAUUAUUGAGAUCAUCUCACCCGUUGUUGAGCGCUCAGUCACGAUUGCAACCAUUUCGACUGCUCAGUUGAUCCGUAAAGAUUUUGCGACCGAACCUGAUGAAGAAAAGGUUCGACAGGCUGCACUGACAAUGGCAAAAGCAUUGGCUGGAAGCCUAGCUCUUGUCACCUGCAAGGAACCUCUCCGGAUGAGCAUGACAAAUUAUAUUCGACUUAUGCAGUCAGAGCUACCUGAUCAGCCUUUAGCAGAAGGUGCGAUCCUUAUGUGCGUUAACGACAAUCUUGAUCUCGCUUGCAGCACAGUUGAAAAGGCUGCCGAACAGCGAGCAAUGCCCGAAAUUGAGGCGCACAUCAAUGAUCUCUUGGUUUCUCGUCGGGAACACAGGGCCGCCCACCCGAAUGAGCCAUUCAUUGACCCGGUCAUCAAUCGCUGGGCUUUCUUUAUGCCGGAUCCCUACAAGCAGUCGACCGACGGUCUUAAUAAAGAGCAGCUGGCAAUUUACGAGGAUUUUGCACGUCAGUCCCGUGGACCCAGCACUCACCUGAAUGUCGCUUCGCAGGAUGCCUCACGUCAAGUAUCCGAUGUUCUCCAGGAGCAAUUCCCCUCUGUUCCUCAUCUUCCUACACCUGCAGAGCCUCCCGUGGUUCCACAUCAAGCCGCUCAACAAAAGCAGCUUUUGCAGACAGCUCCUCUGGCCAUCCCAUCUUCCCAGCCUCAGUUAAAUGGUUUUAUGGAUCUUCCAACUCUUCGUGACAGAGUCCAGGAUUUGCUCUUGGAUUUGCAGCGAGCUAUGAAAGGGGCUCAAGAGCAGCGGUUCGCAGAGCUCAGUCCGGACAGCCCCGUGCGAGACAUCUCGGACCAGACGCUUCGCCUAGUCGUCACGUCUGCUCAACGGGAAGAAAUCUCUCUUACUGCUGCCCAAAAAAUCUGCGUUGCUCUCUACACGCAAUCUGAAAAGCCAUUAGAGAUUGAAGUGCUGGUACAGUUGCUGAACAAGCUUUGUCAACUCUCGCCGGCUACAGCAAGGGAGGUCAUCCUGUGGCUCGCCAACAUUGACGAUGAGCGAGUGCUAAACGUUCCCGUAACGGUUUCUUUGCUCGACAUUGGUUUAAUCGAGGUGCACCGCGUUGAUCUCAUCAUCACAAGAUCUAUUCAGGCACGAAAGAUUGCAGGCCUUCAAUUCCUUUCUGAUCUUCUCACUGAAGUUCUCUUCAGCGACAAGCCGACUGCACUGCGCGCCGACUUUGCAGGCAGCCUUGAGGCCAUGGCUAAUUGGCUCGCCGAAGACAAGGAUCUCACAAUUGCUUCGCAGCUGCUGCAACGUCUACGGGAGGCUGGCAUUCCUGAAACGAUUGCUGGCCCAGAAGAACAAAAGGCACGUGCAAAGCGUGACCAAAUGGAGUACAUAUUUAUGGAGUGGGUCGGUGUCUGCAAUCACCCAAGCUCAACCGAGAAGCUGCUGGCAGCAUUCAUAGCGCAGCUACAUGAGAAGAAGGUGAUGCACGAUCGCGAGGCCUCUGCUGUUUUCUUCCGUGUCUGUAUCGACGCAUCCGUCGAGGCUUUUGAACGGGAGGAGCGCAAUCCAGCGGGUAGCCUCAACGACGCCUUUCUUUGCGUGGAUGCUUUGGCCAAACUCGUCGUCCUACUCGUGAAGUAUCAAGGGGAAUCAGACGGAGUUGUCAAGUCCAGCAAAGCUCAAUAUCUGGAUUCGAUUCUUUCGCUCAUUGUGCUCGUUCUCUGCCAUCACCACACUAUGCGUGGCGAACUCUUCAACCAGCGUGUUUUCUUCCGUCUCUUCUCAAGCAUCCUAUGCGAAUAUCAUACCAAUGCUCGACAAAGCCCUGAGCAAGACAAGGAAGUUAUGCUGGUGUUCGCCGAUAAAUGGCUGGCCCUGCAACCGCUGUAUUUCCCUGCUUUUGCUUUUGGGUGGCUGACGUUGAUCUCGCACCGAAUCUUCAUGCCUGGUUUGCUGAAGAUGGCCGAUGAAGCAGGCUGGGAGAUUUUUGCGCAAAUCAUGGUGACCAUGCUCAAAUAUGUGGGAGAGCUGCUGAAACCAUUAGAGAUUUCCCCCGUUGCCAAGGAUAUCUACCGUGGUGUCCUCCGUAUUUUGCUCGUUUUGCAUCACGACUUUCCGGAGUUUUUGGCUGACAACCACUAUCGCCUCUGCAAUGUCGUGCCUGCUCAUUCCCCUCAGCUGCGCAACUUGAUCUUGAGCGCAUACCCGUCUUCUUUCCCUGAGCUCCCAGACCCGUUUACGGCGGGACUGAAGGUGGACCGGCUCGAAGAGAUUCGCAAAUCUCCUGUCGUCGCUGGUGACGUGGAAGAGCCGCUUCAAAGCGCAAGAAUCAAGGAUGUCAUCGACCAGAUUUUCCAGAACAACGUGAUUGAAAAGGAGCAAAUUUCGGCAAUCUUGGAGGCCAUUUCCACCCCGUCGAGCGACGCGAGUGGUGUCGCGUUUGAGCCAAUCCAAGCCGACAUUGUUCUCCUCAACUCGAUUGUUCUCUACACGGGUAUGAAUGCAAUUGCCAAUGCCGGUCAGAAGGGCGGACCUACGUUCAGUAGCAACUCUGCCCAUUCGGCGCUACUAGAACAACUGUGCAAGCAACUCCGGCCCGAAGCGCGCUACUACCUUUUGAGUGCCAUCGCCAACCAACUUCGGUAUCCCAAUAGCCACACGCAUUACUUUAGUUAUGCGCUCCUCCACCUCUUCGGCACGGACCAAACGGACCAAUCGCAGUCGGACGUGCGACAGCAGGUGACGAGGGUAUUGCUGGAGCGUCUGAUUGUGCAUCGACCUCACCCGUGGGGUCUUAUCAUUACCUUGUUGGAACUAUUGAAGAACCCAAGCUACAUGUUUUGGGAUUUGCCGUUUGUCAAGGCAGCGCCUGAGAUUGAACGUCUCUUUGGUGCCCUCUUCCAACAUAUCAACCAAAGCCCCCGGGCGUUGGCUUAACGGAACAAUCAUCCGGCAACCCUGGCGGCCGCCAUGGGUCCAUCGCAACUACAUGAUCUGCGCAAAUGGGCCGAGUUUACUGCAGCAUUCUGCUUCACUUGUAAAAACAAGCACGAG